UUCAGUUUUUCUCAACCCCCCCCCCAAAAAAAAAAUCAAUGAAGUUCUUCUUCCGGUCAUGUUACCGUCCCAAAGGCGCCCCUGCGCUGCCGCCGCCGGAGGAGGAACCCAACGCCGACUCCAACACAAACACCCACGUGUCGGCGUCGCUCACCGUGCCUUCUUCCCGGCGCAACAGGCUCAGUAGUACUACGGCUUCCAAGUCUGCUUCCGCGGCGGCCAAGCAUUGGAGGCCGGCGCUUUCGAUGAUAUCCGAGGACAACGCCGCUCAUCAGAUCUUUGACAAAAACGGCGCCGCACGGGUUUCCGUAAAGAAAUCCUCUGGCAAACCCAGAUCGUUGGGAAAUUCUCGCAGUCUCGCCGACGUGGAGGACUACUCCUGCAGGAACAAAUCGCCGCCAAUAAUCUUUCCAUCAUUCUCACCGACUCCGUUUAUGUUUUGAGUUUCAUGGGUGGUUGCUGUUCUUUUGUUUUGUUUUUCAUCCAAAAGUGCUAUAUUUGUAUUGUGGAUGAAUUAAUAUAAAGAAAGGUUUUCUUGUGUA